AUGUCAGUGAAAGAAUAUAUUUUCCAAAAUAAUCAAAAUGUAAUACGUAAAAUGAAAAAAACAGACUUACUUGAAGCCAAUACUGUGGAAUGUCAAGUUGCAGGAGCAAUUUUUGGUAUAAAAGAAGUACUUAUGGUAAAUAGUUGUGUAAAAGAGAGUGAAUUAAGAAGGAUAUUACUUCAUAAUGGUCAUACUAAUCUUGUUGAACUUUUUUGUAAAGAAAAAACUGAUUCAAAUCCAGACUUAUUUCACUACGAAGCAUUAUUUACUGCACCUCGAGUUAACAACCACUUUUAUUUUGAAGAAGGCAAAACAUUUUCUACAAAAACACUUUUAGUUAAUAAACCAACAGUGAUAGAAUUUGUUCCUCUUAAAGGGUGUUCAUUUCUAUUACACAUUAAUGGAAAAAACAAUAACAAUACAAUAACUAUAAUGAGUAAUGGAAUUAUUUCGUUUUAUUCCUCAGAAGAAAUAAUUCAACCAAUUCAUCAAAAUACAGCACUAGGAAUAAAACUAGAUGGAAAAUCAAUUGAAGUUUAUAUUAAUGGUAUUUUUCAAAUAAAAAUUGAUUUUCUUGAUACAAAAUUAAUAGUAGAAUAUGAUAAUUUCUUACCAAGUAUACUUGAUAUUAAUGAUGGAAUUUUUCCUUAUCUUUAUGACUAUGGUACUACUACUCCAUUAUAUAUUCAAAUACCUGAACAUUCUGGUUUGAUAGGACUUCCAUUACCUUUAUUUCAGCUUUUACCAAAUGACUUUGAAACAGAUUUUGCAGCGAUUAUUUAUUCCCAUAAUACCGAUUUUAUGAUAGAACUUUUAAGGAGAUGUGAUAGGUCUAAAUCUUAUGCAAAAAAAGAAAGUUGUUUAACUGCUGCGUGUCAAGUAGGUGAUAUAGAUGGAUACCAACUUAUAUUAGGUAAUACAACUGGACAUCAAUUUAUAAACAAUAAUAAAAAAAAUAGAAAUUUAUACUGUCUUGUCUAUUACUUAUUACUUGGGGAAAUCACAUUGAAUAAAAAGGUCAUCUUAUUUGAUCUCAUAAAAAAACUACCAGAUAAAGAAUUACUUUCUAAAGUACUCGAAAUUAUAGGACUAAUUGGAGACAUUAAAUUGUUUGAAGAAUUAUAUCAAAUCUACUUAAAUGAUAAAAAAAUAAAAUCUUCAUUUUCUCUUCCUUUCGAUAAAAUAUUGAAGAAUUGUGUUAUUGCCAAUCAAAUUUCAUUAUUUUCUUAUAUUUGUUCAUUACCUGAGAUUGUUGAAUUAAAUAAGCCAAGUAUAAAAAUGAUAAGUGAAAGUAUUCUUACAUUUGGAACUACUCAACUAUUAACAGAAUUUAUGAAUGGUUGUCAAAUCAGAGAUUUGAAAGAUACUGUAAUUACAAUUACAGAUACUACGAACUUUGAAGUUAUUAAAAAGGCUAUUGAAUUAGGAUCUUCAUUUAAUGAAUCAUUAUUUACUUUAAUCUUAACAAACUUUAGUUUAUUUAAAAUGGUUAUUGAAUUAGACUCUUCAAAAGUAAAUAGUUUUAAUGGUUCAGAUACUUUAUUACAUUAUGUUGCAAAUAAAGGAAAUGAACAAGCGGUGAGAUAUCUCAUUUCAAAAGGAGUUGAUACUGAAACUACAAAUAAAGAUGGAAUUAUUGCUAGCGAAUUAUUAAAUAUACAACCACAUAUUGCAAAACUUCUUAAAAAAAGACCAAUAAAUUAUUCAUUGAAUGGGUGUAUUGAACAUUAUAAUGGAGUUGAUUGUGAUUAUCACUUAUUUAAAAAAGAUGGGGUAGUGUAUGGCUUUUGGAUUUAUAAAGAAACAAUAUCAUGUGGACUCUUUAAAAACAAAAAAUUUACAUCAGUUAUACAAAAAAAAUUACCAAACAAAUAUGAUUGGGAACAUUUUGUUAUUGAAAAAACACAAUUUUCAGACAAUAAACUAUACAUUAUAAAUAGAAUAAAUAAAACGAUAAUUCUUCGUUGGGAUUUACAAAAUGAUCUUAGUGUUAUAGAACCAAUAGAUAUAUUAAUGAAUGAAUGGAAUUAUUGUAUAUUUAAUGAUACUCUUAUUCUAUUGUCACAACAACCAGACAAUCUAAAUAAUAAAAUUUUGUACCAAGCAAAACUUACAAACUUUGCUCCUUUUGUAAAAUUAGUAAAUAGUUCUGUUAAAACAUCAUCUGAUAUUUUAAUUAAUAUUAAUGGAUGUAUUGCAGUCUUAGAUAUUGACGAAGAAGUUAUUGAAAAUGAAGUUACUGAAAGAAAAAUUAUUAACUUAGGAAAAUUAAAAAAUGCAAUAUCAAUUUUUAAUGGGACUGAAUGGAUAUACAAACAAUUUAGUGUUGUAAAUGAAAUUUCUUAUGAAAUAAUUAGGAAAGUAAUAUAUAGUGAUGGGUAUGUACAUGUAUUCUGCCAAGGAAAUAAACACAUACUUAUAGACUUAUUUACUGAAAUAGUAUUUGGCAUGAGAACAAAUGUUGAUAUUACAGAUAAAAAUAGAGAUCUAAUCUCAUUAACUGAUGACUUGAUAAUUGGAGAUUCAAUCCUUUCAAGUGAAGAAGUUCCUAAAUUCUCACAAACUAUAUAUUUUUUAAUGAGUCUUAUAUAUGAUACUGAUGUUUUCACAAUUAUGUGUAUAGAUGGAAAUAUUUAUUAUGAACUGUUUUUAGUUAAAACGUUACCAAUCUUUAAAGACUUGAUUAAUAAAAAAAUAUUAAUCACAAAAGUGAAUUUAAAGAAAAGUGUUGUAAUACCAUUAAUCUCUAUGAUAAUUUCUGGAACAACUUACUUUGGAAAUAACGUAAUUCUUGAACAACAAAUUAGUAUAUUGCUAAGUGAAUUAAUUAAUAAUAUACCUGACAAAAUUGAGAAAGAAAAAAUAAAAGUUGGUAUUGAAAAAAAAGGAGGAGAAGAACUAGUAAAAAUGUAUUGUAUUCCUUUUAUUCAAUGGCAAGACUUACAUAGACUAAAUAAAAAUGAAGGAAAUAUUAAUAUUAUAAUUGAUGGAAAGAAAUACAGAACUUACAAAGCAAUGUUGGCUUGUCUGUUUCCUGUAUUAAAACAAGUUAUUUAUAAAGAGGGAUGUAAAGAAAUUGUUAUUAAAGACUCGUUAAUGAAAAAAGUUCUUCCAUACUUAAACGACUUAGAACAUAAUAACUGGAGAGAGUUUUUUAUUUCAUAUAUAACAAAACAAAUUAAAGAAAGUGUUGAAUGA